GACAACAGGUGCACCUAAUUGGUUUCUUCUAAUCACAAAAUCUCACCAUGGACGCCUUCUUCUCUGCUGUUCUUGGUGAUCUUCUCAGCAGGUCCAUAUCCUUCACGAUUGACAGAUACUACCGGCAGCAUCAGGGUGUGGAGGAGAAUCUACGGAAGUUACACCGCAUGUUGCUGCGGAUCCAAGCCAUCGUUGAGGAGGCACAUGGGAGGCAGAUCACGAACCAAGCUAUGCUGCUUCAGCUUAGGAUGGUGAGAGCCGUGAUGUACAGAGGCUACUACUUCCUUGAUAAUUUCAGGUACCGAACUGUUCAAGCGCAUGCUCAAGAUGAGGUGGGUGAUCGCUCUCUUGGCCUGUCCCCUUUCAGCCAAUUUAAGCGGUUUUGUUUCUCCACUAGAACAAGGAAAAUUGCAUCCGAAGUUUUGGACCAGAAGGAGUUGCAGAAGAUGCUUGGUCACCUAGAAAACAUUGUUUCAGACAUGCAGGAGUUUGUUGCGUUUGUGAGUUGCUACCCUCAUAUGAGUCGUCAACCUUAUUGCAGCUACUUGUUGCUAGAAAACUGCAUGUUUGGUCGCCAGAUAGAACAGGAGAGGAUCAUCAACUUCUUGCUAGAACCAAAUCAUCCUAGUGCAAAAGGCAUUAAUGUGCUUCCGAUAAUUGGACCGGGCAGGGUAGGAAAGAGCACUCUUGUUGAGCAUGUCUGUCAUGAUGAACGGGUGCGUAAAUACUUCUCCAUGAUUGUUUUAUGUAGCGCAGAUAGUAUUGGGGGUGGUUUUCUUACAGACACCGGUCUAAUCAAACAUCGAAAUCCUACCUCAACUGGACAAUCAUUGGUUAUCAUUGAACUUGCUGAUGAUGAUAUGGACGACAGAACAUGGGCAAGAAUAUUGCACAACCUAAGAGGAGAGCACAUAACACCUGUGAGUAAGAUCAUAUUAACGAGCCGAUCAGACAAGAUAAGGGCUUUUGGAACAACAGAAGCACUUCAUUUAGAUUUUCUUCCAAAAGAAGCAUUUUGGUAUUUCUUCAAGACGAUUGCUUUUGGGAGCAGGAAUCCCGAAGAAGAGCCAAAGCUAGCAUCCAUUUGUAUGGAGAUCGCGACCUUGGUGAAGGGAUCUUUCAUGGCAACACACGUCAUUGGUGGCAUACUCAGGUCUAAUCUUAGUGCUCAAUUCUGGUGCAGGUUUCUCAAAUGCUUCAGGCAUUACACAGACAUGCAUAUCUCCGUGCUAGGAGAACACCCAAGCGACGCGUAUACAAAAACAAGUGGACUUACUUACAUUUGGACAUCUAGAAAUAUGAGUGUUGUCGCAGCGACAUAUAGCCUCCAUCAAGCAAGUUCUGCUCAGCUGGCUGAUCUAUCCCCAAUUCUAUCAAAUGAUGUUCUUACCGGAGACGUUGAGCCUCCGGAGAAAUUUGAUGCCCUGGAGUGGCGAUCUAGCAUACCUCCUUACUACAACUAUAUUUCGCAUUACGAGAUACUUGCACAACCACCGGAUAUGCUGCCUAAAAGGAAGCGGUCCCGGUCGCUCUCAGAAGGUUUGGUUUAAUCUAGAAUCAUAUGAGGUUUAAGCAACAGACGGAGUUGGCAACUUUGUUGAUUCACUUAGCCAGUUGUUUUAGCAAUUAGCAUGGAGUUUGUCCAAUGUAAUUUCCCUUUCUGACAAUGUAAACUAAACUAAACUUCUAUGACUUUUGAAGUUGAUGUGUAGUACUCCCUCCAUCUCACCAUCUCAAAAUACAGGACUGAAGCACAACCCCUUUUUUUUCA